CAUCCUCCUCUGUACAAGAUGAAGCUGUCCCUCAGAUCGGCCAUAAUAGUGGCAGUGAUAACCACCAUAAUCUUCUUGGUGUACCAUCAAAAAAAAGUGCAGGUCCCUAAAAUUAACAUGCUCCAAUUAUGCAACUGUCCAGCACAAAAAGAAUGUGGCGGAUCACAGUCCAUCCCCGCCAUGCCUGCCAUUCCCGCGCCACUGGAAACCAACGAUGAGAUUGAAACCGUUUUCAAAAAGAUCGACAAACUCAUUCCCAAGGUGACCAUCGACCACAUGGAGGAGGCGACCAGCGCGGAGGAGACCAAGUUGACCGUUAUUAACCCUAAAGAGGAAUAUUGCCUUGGGGACCUACUGCUUGUGAGAGUGGAUGCAUACGAUUAUUCUGGAGCCCCAAAACAAUAUGGCGGUGACUAUUUAAGGGCCAGGAUAUACUCGCCCACCACCAACAGCAGUGCUAGCGGCAGCAUACAAGACUAUCAUAAUGGGACUUAUUUAGCCAAAUUCACCUUAUUUUGGGAGGGUACUGUGCACCUAUCGAUAGUCCUAAUACACCCCAGCGAGGCCGUCUCUGCCUUGUGGCACGGCAGGAAUCAAGGAUUCGCCAAUAUUAAAUACACAGGAAAUUACACAAGCGCUACAAGCUACGCGAACAGUGAAUGCGGGUUCCAGCUUGACACCCAGGAGGAAGUCUGCGCCUACAUAGAUAAAAGGGACAAGGAGGCUUUUUAUUGCAUCAAGCCUAAAAAUUACCCUUGCGAAGCCCUGACCCAUAUGAACUCAGUUAACAGGGAUUAUUCCUACCUUACAGAGGUGGAGCAGCUUCUUAUUAACAGUUCGAAUGUUGGGCUGGAGGUCUCUAAGCCUUUAAAACCCUUCAAAGUUUUCAGCUGUGGUAAAAAACAGCUGGAACCCACUGAAAGGUGUAGAACUGGACCCUACAAUCCCAUCCCGGGUGGAUAUUUCUCAUACAACGUGUGGAAGCCCAUUCACUGUAAAAUGACUGAAUUCACUGACAACGAUAAGCUGAAGGACUUUCUCAAGGGCAAAAAGUUAUUCCUCCUGGGAGAUUCUACAGUUCGCCAAUAUAUAAGACACUUUGCGGAGAAUAUUAAAAUUGUUGAUUACUUCAAUCACACGGAAGAUGAGAUGCAGUCCUGGCAAAAGACUCUUCUGGCCAUUAAUCUGGAAAAGUUCAUAUACGUCCAGUGGAAGAAACACACUUUUCCGUUUGUCAGCAAAACCUUCUACUCCAUCAAAGAAGAUGCCUACAUGGCCCGCCAGAUCGACCAGGUUGGUGGAGGAGAAAACACCAUUAUCAUUCUAACUUUGGGUCAACAUUUCAGGCCUUUCCCCUUUCGGACCUUCAUCAGGUCGGCGAUUAAUGUACGAAGAGCGAUAGAGCGACUCUUUAUCCGAAGUCCGCGCACCAGAGUGAUCAUAAAGGAGGAGAACGCCCGUGAGUUUGACAUCGACAUGGAGCGCUUCAGUGACUUCCAUGGCCAUGUCCAGUAUCUGGCACUCCGGGAGAUUUUUAAAGGGUUGAACGUUGGGUUUGUUGAUGGCUUGGACAUGACCAUUGCCUAUGCGUGCAAUGUCAUUCAUCCUCCCUUGGAAGUUCUACAGAACAUCAUCAGCAUGUCCUUCACACUCGCUGCAUAGCUUGCAUCACAAGAUGCAUGAU